CUCAGAGUGAAGUAAAGUCCUCAGUGGAUAACUAAGGCCCGAACUGGCAGAUUCAAUCCAUCUCUAAUUCUUGUUACCAAGGAACAAGUGACAGUGCAGUCAUAUGAUUGAAGAUGCAGGUUUUCUCUGCUGUAUUCCUGCUCAUUUUAACACUGGCUAUAACCGUGGAAGCCAAAACAUGUCCCAGAGAAUGCAGCUGUGACAGCACCAAACUCUCAACGGUCUGCGUUGGCAAGAACCUAACAGAGAUUCCCCCGACUAUAGAGGAGAUUACAGUGAAACUCGACCUGAGGAAUAACAACUUGCAGGUGCUGUCCAGGGGGGCAUUUUUGCACACACCCUACCUCACCCACCUCAACCUGCAGCGCUGCAACAUCAUCGAGAUAAAAGAGGGCGCCUUUCGGACUCUUGGCCGAGCGGUCUCUCUAAACCUGGCCCAUAACAAAAUUGAAAUCCUCUAUCAGGAGUCCUUUGACGGCCUCUCCUCGCUGAAAGAGCUGCAUCUGGACCAUAAUCGUAUUGAGGAGAUCCAGCCUGGAGCCUUCACACAGCUCAGCUUCCUCAACGUGCUGGCCCUCAGCCACAACCAGUUGGUUUACAUCCCCAACAUGGCCUUCCAGGGGCUGCAGAACAUCAAGUGGUUACGGCUUAGCCAUAACUCUCUGAACAACCUGGCACCUGAGGCGUUUGCUGGGCUGUUCACCCUCAGCCGCCUGAACCUGGAUCACAAUGAGCUGCAGUUCUUCCCCACAGAGACAAUGACAAGACUUCGUGAGGUCACACGCCUGGACAUGAGCCACAACCCCAUGAUCUACCUCGGGGAAGAAUCUGUCUCCAUGGCAAAGCUUACACACCUCUACCUCAACCACAUGUCCCUUCAGGACCUCUCAGACAAGGCCUUCUCUCAAGCCCCGCUGCUCACACAUCUGGACCUCAGCCACAAUCAGCUUCGGUAUCUGGAGCCUCCGUCAGGCCCUAAAGAGCUCACCAGCCUCAACCUGACUGGGAACCCAAUCUACUGUAACUGCUACAUGCAGCCCCUGAGGCAGUGGGUAGGAGUCAGUGGUGUGAAGCUGCUGGGGGCCUGUUCUGGACCUCCCCACCUCUCAGAUGAGCCGCUGCAGGCAGUAGCUCCUCUGGACCUGCGCUGCCGCAGCAGGGAGGGAUCACCUGUGGUGGAGGAGGAGGAUGAGGAUGAGGAUGGAAGAGUCCCACCUACAGUCACAGUCACAGCCAAGCCAAAGCAGAAAGCCAAGUGUCCAGCAAACUGUGAAUGUGAUACUGAAGCCCAGCAUGCCACCUGUGAGGGUCGGGGGCAUACAAAAAUCCCGCGAGGCUUCCCCGCCAAGACGCAGCUGCUGGACCUCCGUGUUAACCACUUCCACUACCUUCCAACCAACAGCUUCCCGGGCAGUGGCCAAGUUGUUUCUCUUCACCUGCAGUUCUGCAAAAUCCAUGAAAUCGAAGGCGGCGCCCUCCAGGGGAUGAAAAACCUUUUGUAUUUGUAUCUUUCUGACAAUGACCUCAGGUCCUUGGACCCCAAGGCCUUUGCUGGAGCUCCCAGGCUCACCUACCUCCACCUGGAGAGGAACAGGCUGGCACAGUUCCCUGGGUCAGCUCUGUCACUCUUACCAAGUCUGUCUGUGUUACACCUGGAGGAAAAUGCCAUUUCUAAACUUGAGGCCAGUGGGUUGCCCUCCUCUGUAAGCUCUAAACUUAGCGAGUUAUACCUGAGCAAUAACAACCUAACUGUUAUUGCCAAGGGUGCUCUGGACUCUGUCUCUCUAAUUGCCCUUCACCUGGAUUCAAACCAGCUGACUGAGGUGCCCACUCACGCGCUGCUUGAGACCCCAAAUCUGCAGGAGUUCAAUCUCUCUAGAAACUCAGUUCACUGGGUGGGACCAAAAGCUUUCCAGCCCAUAUCCCAAAGUCUGAAGAGGCUUUACAUGGAUCACAUGGGAAUGGAAAAGAUCUCCAGGGAUGCUCUGCUGGGGCUGGGUUCGGGGCUCCAGACUCUGACUAUGAGAGGAAACCAGCUGAAGGAGCUUCCUGAUCUGAGCCCACUCAGCAACCUGGAGGUGGUGGACCUGCGAGACAACCCGCUGCAGUGCGACUGCUCCCUGCUGCCUUUACGCAGGUGGAUGGAGAAUGUUAGCUUGGAGGUGGCUGCAACCUGCGGUCACCCUCCUGACCUCAGAGGUCAGAAGGUUCAGGACAUCCACAUCUUCAAGUCCUGCCCAGAGAACAUCUCUCCUCCAGAAAAGACUGUUGUGGAUCCAAAAGUGGUGAAAUCCAAACCAAAUGCCUUGAAGUCUCAGAAGGUCAAAGCUAGGCCUGCACAGCCCAGAGGUAAAGUGGUCAAACCACCCAGGAAGCAGCCUCAAAGAAAACCUGGGACACCAAAAAUAACAAAGAAGAAGAAGACACUGAAAUGA